UUGUCCAGCGUCACCUAAAGAUGGCGACGACCAGGAAGAGGUGGGAUUGGGAGCUGGAGACGUUAUAGUAGUUGGCUGUGUGUGUGUGUGAAUGGGAUGCUCCUGUAGAGUUUUUGGCUUGUGUCUGUGUGUGGUGAGAAUCGGCCCGAUGAGCGGUAUCGGAGGUGACAGAGAGAGGUUCCCACCCUCAGCCCUGUUGGGGUGGAUGCUGCUGCUCGCUGUGUCCUGCCUUGGACUGAGGAUGGUGGGCGCGAUGGAGAAAGAGGAGAAACGCCAACUCAGGGAUCAAGUACUAGAGAUGUUUGAUCAUGCUUAUCAAAAUUACAUGGAACACGCUUACCCAGCUGAUGAACUAAUGCCCCUGACAUGUCGUGGCCGUGUGCGUGGUCUGGAACCUAGCCGUGGUGAUGUGGAUGAUGCGCUUGGCAAGUUUUCUUUGACUUUAGUUGAUACUCUGGACACCCUUGCACUGCUGAAUCAAAUAGAAGAGUUUGAAGUUGCUGUGAAAAGGGUUAUAAGUGAUGUUCAUUUGGAUAAUGAUAUUGUAGUCUCUGUGUUUGAGACCAAUAUUAGGGUACUAGGGGGUUUGCUGGGAGGCCAUACAAUGGCUCUUAUACUGAAAGAUCAAGGAGAGCAGAUGCAGUGGUAUAAUGAUGAACUUCUCGACAUGGCAAAGGAACUUGGGUACAGGUUAUUGCCAGCAUUCAACACUACCAGUGGACUUCCCUAUCCUAGGAUCAAUCUGAAAUAUGGCUUGAGACGACCUGAAGCUAAAACAGGUACAGAGACGGACACCUGUACAGCUUGUGCAGGGACCCUGAUUCUGGAGUUUGCAGCUCUGAGCAGACUCUCUGGAGAUCCAAUUUUUGAGCAACAUGCACGGAAAGCCCUCGACUUUUUGUGGGAAAAAAGACAGCGUAACAGUAACCUGGUGGGAACAACUAUUAAUAUCCAUACUGGAGACUGGGUCCGCAGAGAUAGUGGAGUUGGAGCUGGGAUUGAUUCAUAUUAUGAGUACCUCUUCAAAGCGUAUAUUCUACUUGGUGAUGAUGGUUACUUACAGAGAUUCAAUACUCACUAUGCUGCUAUCAUGAAGUAUAUAAGCCAACCCCCACUCUUGCUGGAUGUUCACAUACAUAAGCCAAUGCUGAAUGCACGGACAUGGAUGGAUGCUUUGCUAGCAUUUUUCCCAGGCCUGCAGGUGUUGAAAGGAGAUAUUCGCCCAGCCAUAGAGACACACGAGAUGUUAUACCAAGUUACGAAAAAGCAUAACUUCCUGCCAGAGGCCUUUACCACUGAUUUUAGGGUUCACUGGGCUCAACAUCCCCUCCGACCUGAAUUUGCUGAAAGUACCUAUUUCCUGUACAAGGCUACAGGUGACAAAUAUUAUUUGGAGGUGGGAAAGACCAUCAUUGAGAAUCUGAACAAAUAUGCUCGUGUACCAUGUGGCUUUGCAGCAAUGAAAGAUGUUCGUACAGGAAGCCAUGAAGACAGAAUGGAUUCAUUUUUCUUGGCUGAAAUGUUUAAAUAUUUGUAUCUGCUGUUUGCGGAAAAAGAUGAUGUCCUCUUUGAUGUUGAGGAUUAUAUCUUCACCACUGAGGCCCAUCUGUUACCACUUUGGCUCUCUACCAAUUUUAGCAAGAAUAGAAAUAAUCAGACGGCAGGUUACAUAGAUUUGGACGACAACAACUUUGACUGGUCUUGCCCUAACACACAGGUUUUGUUUCCAAAUGAUCCCUCUUAUGCUAACAGCAUUCGUGAACCUUUUAAAAACGUGGUGGACAAAACUUGCCCAAAGGCCAGCAUCCGACAGGAGGUAGGUGAUGAUCCUGGGACCAGGUCACAUCUGAGGGCCAGGGACUUUAUGGCCAACAAUCCUGAACAUCUUGAAUUACUGAAGAAAAUGGGAGUCAGUUUGAUUCAUCUGAAAGAUGGCAGGGUUCAGUUGGUUCAGCAUGCAAACCAGGCAGCCAGUGCACAUGAUGCUGAGGAUGGCCUGCGCUUUAUGCAGGAGAUGAUUGAAUUGUCAAGUCAGCAACAGAAGGAACAGCUACCACCUCGAGCUGUUCAAAUUACCUCCCAUCCAUUCCUUGGCCGAGUGGUACUUACAGCUGGACCUGCACAGUUUGGAGCGGAACUUUCUAAAAUUAGCAGUGGGGUACGUGGUUUUGUUGCUAAAUGUGAACCCUAUAAUGGCUGCUCAGAGAUAUUAAAUCCUGAAUCAAUCAAAGGAAAAAUUGCUCUGAUGCAACGAGGCCAUUGCAUGUUUGCAGAGAAGGCACGGAAUGCACAGAAGGCUGGGGCGAUAGGUGGCAUUGUCAUUGAUGACAAUGAAGGAAGCAGCAGUGAUACGGCUCCCCUUUUCCAGAUGGCUGGUGAUGGAAGGAAUACUGAUGAUGUUACAAUCCCAAUGCUUUUCCUCUUUAAUAAAGAGGGGCAUAUUAUACUCAAUGCCAUGCAGGAAUACCAGGAAGUGGAAGUGCUGCUGUCAGAUAAAGCUAAGGAUAGAGCCACAAUUAUUAAAGGUCAAAGAAUUACAAACUACAUUAGCAAUCUGGACUUGAAAGACUCUGAACAGAAUUCAGAAGAUAAUUUGCAGUCCACAGGACCAAAACCAAACAGUUUUGAUUGUCAGAAUGAAGCAGCAUCAUACAUUGUAAAUCCUAGCAGUGAGAAACUAGAUGAAACAACAGGUCAGUGGGAUGCUAGUGGUCAGUCAGUUGUGCCUGAUCCAAAAACACAACAAAGGGAUGAUUAUUUGUGUGAGUCCGUACAGAACUCAAAUACAGCCACCACUGAAGUGUCAUCAAAUACUGCUGAUGCAAAGGAUCAGGAUGUACAAAGGACAGAUUGCCAUGGCAGUGCUGCCGAUGAACAGAGAUCUUGUACUCCUACUUCAGAAUAUGGAAAGAAGGAGACAGAAGGUGAGGUAGAGUCAGAGCAAGAAUCCAAUCCAAAUAUCAGCCAGGAAACAGAGGCUCGGACAGUUGACUCUUUGUUAUCAGACUGGAAGGAAGAGAUAGAUGCCUUUGAAAUGAUGGAUAAGGAUGAACUAUGACCGUGAAUCAUAUACAAUGGAAUGUUUUCUUUUCCCUUGAGGAUCUGGGUACAGUUGUGCACAGUAACAUUCCCUGACCAACUGGAAGAAUCUGACGAUCAGUUUCUGAUUUGUAUCAACAUGUGUGGAAGGAAGAUCAGGAUUUACUGGUAAACCUUUCUGUCAGGUCAUUACAUGAUUCAUUUAAAGAUGCCAGUCACGUUAACUCCUGACUUCGAACACCUUGGAUUCAGCUGAUCGAAAAGUUGAGGGAGCUUUCAUUGCAUUGUUUUCUUCUACUUUCUUCCUUCUGUCUACACACAAUUUUCCUUUGUUGUGGAGCAGCAAUAUCUUGUGGUUUGAUGCAGAUUUCCUUUAAAACUCCUGCAGACAUGUGCCAUUUGUCCAUUGUAAUUUAACAGGUUUAUAACUGCUUUCCAGAUUGGAAUGCAAAAAUUGCUAAAUGUAUGGUUUUAACCCCAUAAUUAGUGAAAUAUGAUUUUAGUCCAUAUGUUUUCUUCAUUUUUUUUAAAAGGUGUUUAAAUAAUAUUUGGUAAAUCUUUGGAGCAGUGAAAGUUUGGCAACACAAUUCCAACUAAAUCGAUAAAAAGUUUGAAAGUUACUUGGACUCAAUUUUGCCAUCUAUUAUUUUGGCACUUGUAACAUUUGAUUCUGUUUUCGGUGUGUUCUGUCUUAACUGUUCAUUGUUUUAUUCCUUCAUUCUGGUCUUGAGCUUUUUGUUGUCUUUGUACUAUGCUACAAGGAUCAGACCCAAUGUAUUCAUGCAUGAUGUAAGGACUGACAUGGGGGCAAUGUUUCUACUCUUCCACUAACAAACAAUGGGUUUUCUUGGUCAGGUGAAGAUCCUAAUAUUGACACUAGUUCUAAGUCAGGAACCUGGAAGUAGCUGCAGCAGGAUGUCCAUUACUAUUGACCUGGUUAGCUGCUCAAUGGUGAAGUUUGAUGGAUAGAUCGGGGAAGCAGAAGACCAGUAGGGCAGUGAUGUCUGGCCACAGCACUACUGGAGAAAAGAAAGAUCUGAGAGCACUUCUAAUUUGAAUAAAGGGUAUCACAAUAAUGUGGAUGUUUUCAGGAUGGAGGGAUAAACUUCUCCAGAACAAUACCGUGGGCUGACCUGAGUCCCUGUAGACUUUGUGGUCACCAAAUGCAACUUGCAUAACCCUCCUCGUGAGACACUGCCAGCAUCUUCGAAAUCAGAACAGGGCCACUCUGAUGGAGGGAAGCUGCUGUUGCCUUCGGGGGAAGAAGCCGCCAUAAGUGGGGCUUUAACUGGACUAAUUGGUUAAUGGUCUCCAUGGAGCAUGCUGCUGACUUUUUCUCUAACCUGGCUCAGGAACCUUCCCAGAGGUAGGAAGAUGAUGGGGAACUGUCCCAAAGAAGCUUCCCCUGCUUUCCUGUGCAAAUGCAGAUUUAUGCACCUCUCCCCCUCAAUAAACCCUUCACCAUGGGCCUGAAAUAUCAUCAUCUUCAAUUUCUUCAAUUCAUGGACAUUAACUGAAUAAUUCUAUUGCUGUGAAUUUCAUUGGCAGUUUUAGUCUUAGGCAGUUAGUUAGUUUCCAGCCACUAGGUGUCACCUUCUCCACACCAUUGAAAAGGUAAAGAUUUACUGCCGGGGAUGGAUUCGUCUGUAGGAUCAUUUUGACAGCAGUUAGAAAAAGUGUGGGUUGAUGUAUAGAAGAAGUCUAAUUGACUUGCAUAACGCCACAGAACAGAAUAUUAUUUUAGAUUGGUACUUUUGGAGUUUAAUACUGCAGUGCAUAAAAACAUUGUUCUAUUAAAACGUUCACAGGGGUUUCCAAAAAGUAACUGGUUGACAUUGAGCACUUUGCAGAAGUAUUUAUCUGUUGCAGAUUUCUUUUUCCACUUAAGAUGACCUAGAACAUGCAAAUUAUUUAACCUCUGCAUGUUUCAAUUUUGAAGCAAUGUUUGCUGAUCCAUAGGAUUUUAAACAAUUUCUGUCUUUUCUUUCUACCUGAUGCAAUGAAACCCUGUAACAGAGAGCAUGGUGGUGUGGUGUAAUAGUUAAUAGCUGUGGGACACUGUGCAAUUAGUUAAAUAGGCACUGACACUAACCUAAGUACUCCUUCAAAGUGAUUCACCACUGUACCUCAUGCAUUGAAACAACUAAUUGAUAAAUGUUUCAAUGCUCUUAGAACAUUCUGCCAUGUUAAAAGCAAUUUAUGAAUGCAAAUUAUUAAUUAUCUUAUUAAAGAACAGUGAGGGAAAUGUGUAUUAUCCAAUGAACUACUGGGUCCUGUAGACCAAAUUCGAACUCUGUUGAAUUGGCUGAUUGCUAUUGAAGGACUACAGCUGAUGUCACCAUCACGAGCCCAGGGUAAGGAAACAUGGAUAAGGAAUGUGAGAGAGAUUUCCAGGAGAAUUUCUGGCUCAGGUCAGCAGGUUGAUUCUUUUGGCAUUGAGGCAAAUGGGUGUUCACAAACUGUCAUCUCUCCUGGCUUUUAACAUCUGGACAUGAAGAGUAGCCACUUGGGUAAAGUCCAAGGAAGUUGCCAACAUUUGUAAAACUAAUAGCAACACUAAGAUUUGAAAAGGAGAAAAAAGAAAGGAAGAUUUUCAUUUUUAAAAAAAACACAGAAAAUUGUCUCUUGGAUCUGAUUUUUAUUUUUCCCAACAAACUUUUUUACAGUAAAAAUGUCUUUGUACCCAGUAUUCUUGGAAAACAUUAUGACUUUGCACACAACAGUUUAUGAUCUGAACCUCCUUAUGCUAACAGUAAGGACGUACCUGUUCAGCUGAAAGUCCUUGCAAAUUACUGUUGAAUGCGUUAGAUAUGUCAGAUCUUAAAUACAUAUUUCCCAGUUUGUGGCUUAGUAAUGUACUGUAUAUGAAAUCUGCUGGAGCCAGCAAUGUGGAUCCUUCAAGGACUCAAAUUACUUUUUGCACAUUGAAAGAAUGUGCACAUCUUUUUGUUCUAUGAAUGUAAUUAUUACAAAACUACCUUCACAAUAGUCAUAGAGAGAUUAUCAUUACUGUUUCUUUCCUUGAAUAUUGAAAGCUGAUUUUAUUUUUUUUUACAGUGCAGAAAUGCAGUACAGUAGUUUUCAGAGGGUGACAUUACUAAGGACCUUUUUGAAAGCUAGGUUGCUCUUUCUCUCUACUGUCGAAUUGACAAUCUAUAUCACUAUUACUGAGUAUCAGAUAAUUAUUAUCUGAGUAAAUAAUCAAUUAUGCACAUUUUCAAAGUGCUUAGUUUAAUGUGGUAUAUCACCAUUCAUAAUUAGAUCAUAUUUUGUCAACAGAUGUAACAUCUGUUGACAGAUCUAUAAUUCCAUUAUAAUUUGGAGCAGACAACUGGCAAAUAUAAUAAGAGUUUUCACUUAAAAGUUGCUGAAUGCUAGAGGUAUAGACUUAAUUGCUAAUUUACUGACCCAUGUGAUACAAUUAUUGUCCUGGCAGAUGCAUUAGGGAAGGAAUGUUGUAUUAUCCAGAUUUAGUAAAGACAAAUGCAUCUGCAGCAGUUAAAUUGUUACUUAACUGCUAAAUAUGACAAAAUUAGGGACUAAAGUCAUUUUAUUUUAAUUUGGAAGGGACGAUUGGCAUAGAAUUUGACUGAUCUUAAAAUCCAGUAGAUGGCAGUAUCUUUAUCUGUUCUCCCUUUGCAAUGGUUCUGCAGUUUGGGUAACCAAUUCUUGUAAAAUUGGUAAACAUCAUGUGAUGGGAAAUGUGCAAUUAAGGCACUCAAAAGUAAAACUGCUUAAAAUUUUUUAAAUGUCUGUGUAUAAACAAAAGUGAUGGGUUUCUAAGGGUUUUAAUUUGAAUUGAAAUUAGAUUUCACAUUGGGUUCUGUUUCUUCGGCGUGAUUGUGGCAUUUCUGCAUUAAUCAGACAGUAGCUGUAGACUUUACACAGCAGGUACAGUGCAGUGUCUUUCUUUUAAAAUAAAAGUGUAUGCACCUCAGAACUCUGUAAAUAAAUGGACAACUGUAAAAUGUAAGCUGUGAUGUAAAACAGUCUGGUUAAUUUUGUAGAUAUGAUCACUGUACAUAUUUGUGCAUUUGAUUACUGUGAUUACUUAUGACUGUAAAAAUUUAA